CAAUUCCGACGCUAUUCAUCAACUGAGGCAGCGGAAUGGUGCUACCUCAACAGAUGGAAGUAGCACGUGAACCUCCGCUCGCGAACCUCAUCUCACCACCUCGAAACCAUCAUGGAGACUCACCAGAACCCGCCUCAGCAAGCGUGCGACAGCUGCCGCUUCCGGAAGACGAAGUGCGACCGUGGGAUACCCUGUGCUGCUUGCACCGCAGCGUCGAUUCGAUGCCAAUACGCCCAGACUCUUCGUCGAAGAGGACCCAGGGGAGGUAAAGGCCGACGCUUGGCCCAGCUCAGACAGGGCAACACUGAGCUGGACAAGGAUUCUUUCGACGUUUCUACGCCGACUACCUUUUCGCGAUUCAAUGAUGGCGGCCGCUCUGACAGCAAUAAGGCCAAAAACGGCAGCGGUAACAGCGACGAAGUCCAACCAACGCCCCCUGCAGAGGAACGUUCGACAUCUUGCCCAUCAUGGAGCAAAUCCCCCGAGCGUAUCAGUCCUCAUCCCAAAGCAUAUCUCUCCCUUCCUUCCUUCAACGACCCUACGAUGGAUUUGUUGGGCAACACCCCACAGCUGUAUUCCACGUUGGCUGCCUAUGUUCAGGCAUUUGUGAAAUACGUGUUCCCGAUAAUGCCCGUUGUGAAUACCGACGAGAUCCUGGUCGAUGUGUUCCGGUUGGAUGAACUACCGCCCUCACGAUAUGCUCUCAUCAUGUCGCUAUGUGCUACAACUCGGCACCUGGAUCUAGAACGCUUGGCGGACAAUGACGACGACCCGAGAGUAAACAUCCCACCAGAUCCAAAACUAACCACUGAGAUGCUACUCGCUUCAGCCGAGAACGCAUGCCGCCAGUUCCACAUUGUCGAGGAUAUUAGUCUGGACACUGUUGUAACCUCAUACUUCUUAUUCACCAUAUACGCAAGUCUAGAAAAGUUUCAGCAUGCCUGGUUCUACCUAAACCAGAGCAUAACACUCGCCAUCUCGCUUAAUCUGGAUUACGAUGCCAGCUAUAUCAAUCUCUCUGAUAGCGACCGCGAGUUAGGCCGUCGUGUCUUUUGGAUCCUGUUUGUGACGGAGAGGACCUUUGCCCUCCAGCAUCGGCGGCCUGUCAGGCUCCGUAAUUGCAUUGCGAAGCCCGACGUUGUCAACUCAGCCUGCCCAGUAGUCAUGAACGAUCUGUACAACCACAUUGGCAUUUUCGAGGCCCUGCCUCCCUCGCUUUACGAAUGGCACCCUCAGAGUGACGCGGAGCAACCUCGCGGCGUUGCCUUGGCCCACGAAAUCGAUACGAAGCUCUGUGUAGUCCAAGCUACAGACUCCAUGAUAGAGAGUCAGCGGUUCGAUACCCUUAUCACGCAGCAAUGGCUUCGCGUGGCUUUGUGGCGCUUGGUCUUCGGCGAGAACCCUUCGCCAUCACAUAGUUCCGGAGCAUUGCUACCAUUUUCAACACCUGUCGAUGUGGGCAGAACCAUUAUGGAAACUCUGCAUUCGGUCAGACAGAGCUCCAUAGACUGCCACGGGAUUGCAAUAGAGCAAAAGCUUUGUGACAUUGGAAUCAGCCUGGCCGACAGUGCCCUGGCGCUUAGCUCGGGCUUCUCGUCGUUUGAAAUAGGACCUCGAGAUCUGCUCUGUGCUGUGGUGGAAUCCUUGUUCAAGACACGUGGGGGCCAAUCCCAGCAGCUCCCCAAGCUACUAAAGCAUUCCGAGCUUGUGCUAGGGUACGACGAUCCAGCCGCUCAUAUAGAUUUGGGUUGGCCGGUGUACAAUGACCCAACCGAAUCAGAUCAACAGCCAACGAUGGACAGCCCGUCGAGGCUGAUUGAGGACUUGACAAACGAUACCAGCUGGCUCCUGACCGAUGAUUUAGGAUUUGGAGAUCUAGAUUCAUUCUAGAUCAACGGCGUGUGAAGGAGACUCGAUGUCAACGUGGGGUAGGUCCGCUCCUGUUGCUAGGUAUGACCGCAUGUUAUCUGUCCAGUGGGUCAAAUUGCUAUGCAGGCUAGUGGCACAGAUCGACAGACCUAGAAGCGUACUGGCAUGACGGAUCCUUGCAUUUAUCGCAUUUCGGGAAUUAUUCGCUAUUAACAGCAUUUCCGACAG